CACACGCAAAGAAUACCGAGAGAGCUGUCAAGAUGAUUAUCCCUGUUCGUUGCUUCUCUUGCGGAAAGGUUGUCGGUGACAAGUGGGAGACUUAUCUCGAGUACCUCAACGAUGAUAUGAAGGAGGGAGAUGCUCUCGAUAAGCUCGGUCUCAAGCGUUACUGCUGUAGACGAAUGGUGUUGACCCACGUUGAUUUGAUUGAGAAGUUGCUGCAGUACAACCCUCACGAGCGUCGUGAGCGUCACUAAGCGGCUCCAACUGACGUGCCCUUGGAUGGAAAGGUGGAGGAAUGGGAGGUGUACAUUCAUUUGACGACCUAAAAGU